GGAGGAUACACGAAAUCUUUCCUUAUUUGGGUCUGCAACAUCACCGUAUUUCCUUCCUUUUUUAUUUCCCAGGAAUCCAGCUUUUGCCUUCCUUCCCCAAAUUCUCCUCCCCUUGCGCAUCACGCAAGGGGAGGAGAUCGAGCCUCCAAAUAAUAACCCUAACCCAUUAAUUUGCACCGGAGAUCGGCAGAAAGCCAUGCUGCCAUUCAUCAAAUCCUCCGUGUCCGUGAGAAAUUUAAUCCAUGAAAUUGUUUCCUCCAUCAACUUCUUAACCCUAAAAUCUUCUUCUCGCACUCAAAAGGGUCUUCAUUUCCGGCUCCUAACUUCAUCAAGUCCUCAUCAUCAACUCGGUCUUCUUGGUCCCCCGGAGCUCCACAACCAUGCCCCUGAAACCCGAUCCAACACCGGUGACCCAUUCCUGGACCUCAUGGUCGCCAACUACAACAAAACCGCCAACCAGACGCCCCCCAUGGGCUACACCGAGAACCGCUCGCCCACCUACCUCUCCUCCGGCAACCCUUGCCUGGACUUCUUCUUCCACGUCGUGCCCGAUACCCCACCCGAGUCCUUGACCCAAAGGCUCGAACUGGCCUGGGCCCACAACCCGCUCACCACCCUCAAGCUCAUCUGCAAUCUCCGAGGGGUACGUGGCACUGGCAAGUCCGACAAAGCCGGUUUCUACACGGCGGCGCUUUGGCUCCACGUGAACCAUCCGAAAACUCUAGUCCACAACAUCGAGUCCUUGGCCAAUUUCGGCUACUUCAAAGACUUGCCGGAGAUUCUUUACCUUCUUCUAGAAGCUCCUGAUAUCCGGAUUAAGCAAAAGGAGGAGUGGAGUAGGAAAAAACGACGUAGGAAGCCGACAUUGGUGAGGAAGGAUAUUGCAAGCGCGGCCAGGAAAGAGAACCGCGUGGCCAUGGCCAGAAAGGCCCUAGAGAGAUACAAGACCGACAAGGAAUUCCAGAUCUUGCACGACGGCGUAUCGGACUUGUUCGCCAAGUUUCUGAAGGCCGACGUCGAGUUAUUGAACUCCAAGACGUUUUACGACAUCAGUUUGGCGGCCAAGUGGUGCCCGUCGCUCGAUUGCUCGUUCGACAAGUCGAUUUUGCUUUGCGAGAGCAUUGCGAGGAGGGUUUUCCCGGUCGAUUCGUACCCGGAAUACCAGGGCAUCGAAGAGGCGCAUUAUGCGUACAGGGUGCGGGAUCGGCUGAGGAAGGAAGUUCUCGUGCCGAUUAGGAAGGCGUUGGAGCUGCCUGAGGUGUACAUGUCCGCCAAUCGGUGGAAUGAGAUUCCGUACCAUCGGAUUCCCGCGGUAGCCAUGAAUCUUUACACGGACAAGUUCUUGAAGCACGACUAUGAGCGGUUUACGAAGUAUUUAGAAGAAGUUAAAGGUGGGAAGUCAACGAUUGCGGCAGGGGCAUUGCUUCCGCACGAGAUUAUAUCGUCUCUGAACAAGCGAGAUCACAGAGCAGUCCAAGUGGCUGAGCUUCAGUGGAAGAGAAUGGUGGAGGACUUGUCCAAGAAAGGUAAGUUGAGGAACUGCCUCGCCGUUUGCGAUGUCUCCGGGAGCAUGUAUGGCACCCCUUUGGACGUGUCUGUUGCAAUGGGGUUGUUGGUUUCGGAUCUGAGCUCAGAGCCGUGGAAAGGAAAGGUUAUUACGUUUAGCGAAUCGCCUCAGCUUCAUAUAAUUCAUGGCGACGAUCUUCAGUCGAAGAUGAAGUUUGCGAAGAAGUUAAACUUUUGUAACACCAAUUUUCAGAAGGUGUUUGAUCUUAUAUUACAAGUGGCUGUGGCUGGGAAGUUGAAGGAGGACCAGAUGAUUAAGAGGAUCUUUGCGUUUAGUGACAUGGAGUUUGACCAAGCUUCGCCGACCGACUGGGAAACCGACUACGAAGCUAUACAGAGGAAGUUCAGGGAGACAGGGUAUGGCUCUGUGGUGCCGGAGAUUGUGUUUUGGAAUCUAAGGGACUCGAGGGCAACGCCGGUGACUGUCAACAGCAAAGGGGUGGUUCUGGUGAGUGGGUUUUCAAAGAAUUUGAUGAAGUUGUUCUUGGAUAGUGAUGACGGGGCCAUUAACCCUGCGGAUAUCAUGGAAGCGGCCAUCGCCGGCGAAGAGUAUCAGAAACUUGCUGUGGUGGAUUGAUCAUAAUCUCUGCAGAGUAUCAGAAUUUCAGUUUUCUUUGAGUCAAGAAAUUAUCUGGCAUUUUAUUUUAUAAUUAAGGCAAGCAAUAAAACAAUUUUUUUUUUUUGAACA